CCAAACACGCAUGCGCAGUCGGGCAGAAGCGGAGAAAAUGGCAGACGUCUCUUUGGAUGAAGUGAUACGACAACGCGGAAUUAACGUUAAAGUGCCUAUUAAACGAACAAUGUUUGGGCGAGGCGCUGGAGGUGUUGGCAAGACUUUCGAUGCUCGUCAAAGGAUUGGCAGUCUUGAUGCUCGGCAGCGACUUGGUGGAGGAACAGGUUUUCCAGUGAAAGAUGCCCGCGAAAAGCUGGCUCAGAAAGACGCUCGGUUUAAAAUCCGUGGCAGGGGUGGGGCAGGCGGGGUCCAGGACGCCCGUCAGAUGAUCAACUCCCGCAAGCAAGGGCAGAAUGUGUUCACCGUCCCUGUGCAGAUAGCCCAAAAGGCCGCCGUGACACACCCACUUCAAAGCCCCAUGCUCGUGCCACAGAUGAAGAUCCAAGCCAACAGCAGCUUUGCGGGAGUGAACGCCAGGCUGUUUGCAUCCAAUGUACAAGGACUUAUGGGGCGCGAUGGCACAAUGAGCCAUCUUAACAGCAGAAUGACGGACGCUCGUGAUAGGCUGAGCCUUAAGAGGAGCAUUGGUGCAACAAAAACGCAGGCGGCUGCUAUGUUGCCCCUCAAAAUAACCAAGACCAUCCAGCAACGUCCAGGUGUGGUUCUUGGUAGAGUGCGUCUUCCCUCACAGCCUUUGUCAAAUGAUCAAGAUUGCCCCCCCAGUAAACAACUGAAAAUGGCUACUCCUAACCAUAUGCUACCACAGGAUGGCAUAGCAGGAUCCCCGUUUUCCAUGUCGGGCCCCAUAACCAAGGUGGUUAAAAAUGAUGCUUACUCGGCCCCUCGGGCUCCCGUCCCAGUUGCUCCCACUCGGCCCACCACUGGCCAAGCAGCCCCCCGGCCCUCCGCUAUAGCCUUGCGGCCUGUUUCUCGGGCUCUCCAGCAAAGCUCCGCCGAGCCCAGCGCAGCACCUGCUGCCCCUCAGCCCGUGUUCAGCCCUCUGGAGGGAACCAAAAUAACGGUGAAUAACUUGCAUCCCCGGGUGACGGAGGAAGACAUCGUGGAGCUGUUCUGCGUCUGCGGUGCCCUGAAGCGGGCGCGCCUGGUGAAGGUGGGCGUCGCUGAAGUUGUGUUUGUCCGCAAAGAGGACGCCGUGAGCGCGUACAGGAAGUACAACAACCGCUGCCUGGACGGUCAGCCCAUGAAGUGCAACCUUCAUAUUCAGGGAAAUGUCAUCACUUCUGAUCAGCCUAUUCUCUUGCGGCUUAGCGACACCCCAGGUGCUGGCAGCGCACCCAAGAAGGACGGCCUGCCCGCCUCCCUGUCACGUUCCGCCAGCCAGCGAACGUCUCAGCCGACCGCCGAGGUGGACCCCCAGACCAUCCUCAAAGCCCUGUUCAAGUCCACGGCGCAGUCCACCUCCACCACCGAGCCCGCCGGCUCGCAGUCCACCGCCUUCCGCAUCAAGAUUUAGGUCCAGUCUGGUACCGCGCUUGAAAAGUCCCCCUGCAUCCUCUGUGGUUUCCAUCUGGUCAGCGGUCGAUCCACACGCUCAUAGUUAAAGGAUUUUACACACUGAACAUUUCUACUCUAAAGUGAUGGAAUGUGGAUAUUCAAUAAUCUGUUUUGCUUGUUGUGAUGUCAUUCAACUGUUAGUUUGCAAGAUGGACCAGUUUUUGUUUUUGUUUUCCUCCUCAGAUCACAUUUGGUUUAAAUUGGUUAUAAAUUUGAUGUUUUUACUACUACAGACAGGCACCACUAUGUGAAAUCCACCUAAACAGGAGGUGUUUGUCACUCAAAGGUGUGGACGUCAUUCAGGUUUGCCAGCUAAAAGUCAACAAAAUAGCCCCGAAUGUUUCGGUAUACACCAGUUUUUCUAAGACAAAGGAUUCACUAGAAUUUAUUGGUUAUGUAAACCAGUGACCGGAUACUCCUAACAUUUGAAUUGUGUGGCAUUCGUUUAUAUCUCCCUUUUGUUAAAUGUUGCUCCUCUUCUGUUUCAUACUGUAAAUUACGUUGCUUAUGAUUUGUCCGUUCAGAGCAGACUGGAGAGGUCAGACAUCAUUAAAAAUGUAGCUUUGUA